GGCGCCCUUGGAAUUCCAGAGGGGGGGAGCCGGGUUCGGUAUAAAUCCGGGCUGGAGCGCGGCGCCGGGAGCCGCAGGGGUUUUCCGGGAUGCGCUCCCCAAUCCUGCUGCUCCUGGCGCUGCUGAGCGCGGCCCCCGCGGCCGCGGCGCCCCCGGGCUGGGAGCGGGCGCGGGGCGGCGGCGGGCGGCGCUCCCGGGGCCGGGCGCCGGUGGAGGUGCAGUGCCAGGAGGCGCAGCUGGUGGUGACCGUGCACCGCGACCUGUUCGGCACCGGCCGCCUGGUCAGCGCCGCCGAGCUCAGCCUGGGCCCCGCCGCCUGCCGCCAUUCCCGCCUGGACCCGUCCCAAAAAACCGUCACCUUCAGCGCCGGCCUGCACGAGUGCGGCAGCACCGUCCAGGUCACUCCGGAUUCCCUGAUUUACCGGACGCUGCUGAGCUACGAUCCCAGCCCCGGCAGCAACCCCGCCAUCGUGCGCAGCGACCCGGCCGUCAUUCCCAUCGAGUGCCACUACCCCAGGCGGGAUAACGUCUCCAGCGGCUCCAUCCGUCCCACCUGGGCUCCCUUCAACUCCGCGCUGGCCUCCCAGGAGAAGCUCCUGUUCUCCCUGCGCCUCAUGAACGAGGACUGGAGCUCGGAGCGGGAUCUCUCGGCGUUCCGCCUGGGGGACGUGCUGAACAUCCAGGCCGAGGUGGGCGCGCACAGCCACGUCCCGCUGCGGCUCUUCGUCGACUCGUGCGUGGCCAGCCUGGGCCCCGGCGCGGGCAGCGAGCCCCACUACGCCAUCAUCGACUUCAACGGCUGCCUGGUGGACGGGCGCUCCGAUGCCACCAGCUCGGCCUUUGUCACCCCCCGGCCGCGGCAGGACGUGCUGCGCUUCCAGAUCGACGCCUUCCGCUUCGCCGGCGACCCCCGCAGCCUGAUCUACAUCACAUGCCACCUGAAGGUGACACCGGCCGAGCAGAGCCCGGACGCGCUGAACAAGGCCUGCUCCUUCAGCAAGGCGCGCAACACCUGGGCUCCCGUGGAGGGGACAAGGGACAUCUGCAGCUGCUGCGAGCUGGGCAACUGCGGCCAGCGCGGCCCGCGGCCAGCAGAGCCCUGGAACGGCCACCGCUACCGGAGACACGACGGGGACGGUGCCACCUCCGAAGCUGACGUUGUCAUCGGUCCCGUGCUGCUCUCGAGUGCCCAGCAUGGCCAGCGCCCCGAGGGCCACCAGGGCGCGGUGACUCCGCUGGCCGUGGGGACAGCGCUGGCCUGCGCGGUGGCCGGUGUGGCUGUGGCCGGAGCCGCGCUGGCCAUCGGCCUCAGGCGCCGGAAUUCCCAAUAAACCCCGGAAUGACCGACGGGAAUCCCAAACAAUCCCACGAGGACCGACGGAAAUCCCAAACAAUCCCGGAAUGACCAACGGCAAUCCCAAUAAAACCUGGAAUGACCAAGGGAAAUCCCAAACAAUCCCAGAAUGACCGAGGGAAAUCCCAGUAAAUCCCAGAAUGACCAAUGGCAAUCCCAAACAAUCCCAGAAUGACCGAGGGAAAUCCCAAACAAUCCCGGAAUGACCAAGGGAAACCCCAAUAAAUCCCACAAGGACCGAUGGAAAUCCCGAUAAAUCCCGGAAGGACUGAUGGGAUUCCAAAUAAAUCCCACAAGGACCGAUGGAAAUCCCAAUAAAUCCCAGAAGGACCGGCGGUGUCUGAGGGGUCACUCUGGGAGGGAAUCCCAGGAAUGGGGCGGGGAGGGUCACCAGUCCUGUCCCAGUGUCACCAUUCCCAUCCUGGGGUCCCCAUUCCCAUCCCAGUGUCCCCAAUCCCAUCCUGAUGUCCCCAAUCCCAGUGUCUGCA